GAGUAAAAACAAAAUAACAGAAAAAUAAUUGUUAAAUUUUGAUUUCUUGUUAAACCUUGCCAUGGACUUGCAGCAGUUGGAAGAAGAGGCCCGCCAAGCGGCGCUUAAGGACAUACAGAAUAUGCUUCAGCGUCCUGGUCAGCUGGAGAAGGUAGAACAAUAUCGUCAUCGCAUAGCGAGAAAAAAAGCCUCUGUGGAGGCGUUACUCAAGACGGGAAUGCAGAAUCAGCUGGACGGAGUUAGGGUGGGUCUCAAGCAACUAGUAACUUGUAUGCAGGAUGUUCGCGAAGUGAGAAGCCGCAUGGAGAUAGUGCAGAAACUGCUACAAGGUGUCCCCGAGAUCUAUGAUGCCUUGGAGGUGGUGCGGGAGGAGAAUACAAAACAUUCACAAUAUGCCACGGCUAUGGAAAACCUGAAGCACAUCUUUAAUGUUGAUGCCAGUGUGACGAAGACAAUGGCUCUCAUAGAUGAGGACAAACUUCUGAAUGCUCAUCAGUGUCUGGCGGACUUGGAAAAUUCACGAGAUGAUUUGCUUUACGAACUGCAUAAGCAGCCAAAGCAACAUGCUUCGGAUAAGAUCACUCUAAAGCGGCACUUUGAGAAGGUGGAUACCGUGUCUCAGGCCCUGGAAAAGAAAAUACGCCUAAUACUCAGUCGUACGUUAAACACUGUGCGAAAGCAGCCCACGGUUAUAGUGACGGCUUUAAGAAUUAUAGAGCGGGAGGAGAAAAACGAUCAGUUUGCUCUGCAACAGCAAAAGGUCACCGGAUUCUUGCCACCUGGCAGACCCAAGGCAUGGCGCAAAAUGAUCCUUGGUGUUUUGCAGGAGGCAGUCAUUACUCGCAUUGAGGGCUCGAAGUUGGAGGAGAGAGCUGACAACAAAAUGUGGCUUGUCAGGGAUUUGGAGAUUUUGCGACAAAUCAUUCUAGAGGAUUUGCGGGUGGUCAAGUCAUUGUGUGUACCCUGUUUUCCUGCUCACUAUGAUAUAUUCAAAGAGUACGUUAGGUUCUACCACGAGGGAUUGUCAAGCUAUCUCGACAACAUUGUGAAAUCUGGACUGGAGGGCAACGAAUAUGUUUCAAUGCUGGCCUGGGUCACGCACACCUAUCCCGGAGUGGAGCUUAUGUCACAUCCCGAUCUCAAUGUGGAUGUUCAUAAGGUAAUAGGCACUCUUCUGCACCCAGAGCAUUUGAAAUCAUUGGAAGAUGAGUAUCUGCAAAAUAUGCAACGAAACUACCAGGAAUGGAUGACCAAAGCUGCUGAAACAGAGAAGCAGGAAUGGUUCUCUGAAAUGGUGCCCGAUCAGGAUGAGCAUUAUUAUCAUACAUCGGCUCCGGUGAUAAUCUUCCAGAUGAUUGAUCAGCAUUUGCAGGUGACCAACACCAUUCAUCAAGAGCUAACAUUCAAGGCGCUCGUCAUGUCCAUACAACAAGUUGAGAUCUUUGGACAGACAUAUCUGAAGAAUGUCAUUGAACUGAAAGAGCAUCAUUUCCGUAAUCGAGAUCAGAUCAAAUAUUUUACCCACUACAUAAUCACCAUUGUCAAUAAUAGUCAACAAAUGGUGGAGCUUGCCCAGCAGAUGAAGCAGCUCUACUGGCCAAAGUCCCGCACUGAACAUUAUGAGGAUUUUGAGCGUUUGUUGGCAACUUUCCAAAGGAUAAGAGCUCAUGCUGCCAGCUAUCUGUUGGAGGAAGCCUUUCUCGAUAUGGAGUGUCAUUUCAAUGAUCUUUUUACAGCCAAAUGGUUGGCUAGCAGCAUUGCUGUGGAUACUAUUGGUGUGACCUUGGAUGAUUAUUUCCAGGACUAUAAUCAUUUGCGACCUACAAAUUUCGAGAUGGUUAUCAAUGAGGCACAAAAAUUGUUGGCCAAGCGUUAUAUACGUGCUCUCCUCUCCAAGCGGCUGUCCAAGCCCCGCGUAGAGUGUGACGCUAUUACCCGUAAGAUUAAUCAGGAGGCAAAACGUUUUAAACUCUUCUUUGAAAAGAUAGCUCCAAAGAUUUCGCUUACCGACUCUCCAUUGGAUUUGAUAGCUACUCUGUCUGCAUUGCUUAUCUCUGAUAUUGAAUUGUUGGUCUUGGAUCUGCACACUCUUUUGGGCAGCUAUCCUUCUCUGACAGAGGAUCAUCUGGUGCGUCUUUUCUAUAUCCGCAACGAUGUAAAGGCAGCGGAGGUACGAGAGAAGGUACAAGAUGCCAUGAAGUCUAAAAAGUCAAUGGUUAGCAUUGCCAAACAGGAUUGCAUAUUCAAGGAGAUUGUUUUCAGUGACAAAUUAUGGUAAUCUCUCUAUCCUAUCCCACGUCAAGCCAUUCCCUUAAUGUAUUAAACAAGUGAAUAAAAUUCUGCUAUAUUUAUUAACAAAUAAAAAUUAGUAAAACUUGAUUUUGAA